AUCGUUGAGCGCUUGUCUUGUUGCAGCAGCUGUUGCUAUUGCUGUUAAAGUCUCCUGUUACAGUUUCUUCUCAACUGGCAACAUCGAGUGGACGUUCUCAUCAUGUUCGAAGUGUCGUGGGGCGAGAUGGGCGUGUGCAUCGGUUUGGGUCUCUUCUUAAUCGGCCGUGAGGAUUUGCCCAAGGCGGCGCGUAUGGCCGGUACGCAGGUGGGCCGAGUGGUGGGUUUGUUGCAGGGUGCGCGGGCCCGCGCCGAUCAGUUCGCCGGCCAGAACGAACUCCAUCAGCUGCAGAAUGAACUGCGGUCGGGACUCCGGGAUUUGGAUGCGGUGAAAUCGGAAUUGGCCGUCUCGUUGAGUUCGCGGGGAGUGGUAGGACGACAACUGGGAGCCACCGUGCCGGGGGUCAACCGGGCAACCGUGUCGCCGAUGACCACACAUACCAUGUUGACGGGAGGGACUGCUGCGGGAAGUCUCGCGGCUUUAGGGACGAUGGGGCUGCCCGUAGGACGACCAGCCGGUGGGGACGAUGACGGCACGAACGUCGAUGGGACAACGAAUGCCGCGGGCUCGGAAGGACUGUCCUGGACGUCGUCGCCCGGUAGUCCCAUACAUGCACCGCCCCGAACGUUGCCUCCCGUCUACCAAACGGUGGCAGCCGUCGCCGAGUCGGAAUGGGAAUCCCAAGGGAUUGCCUUUCGUUCCCGAGCCGAACAAGGAUCGGGUCUGGCCAACGCGUCGGAUCAAGCGACGACGGGGUCGGCCCUUUUGGCCAGUCUUUUGCGACAAUCGCUCGUCUUUGACCAAUACGAUCGAGUGGUAGCGGAUCAAGACGAAGCUCUCCAAUCCAAAAUUAGUCAAAUUAAACAAAAGGCUCGAGAUCAGGUGUCCGCAUCCAGUGACACGGAGGUAGCUAGCUCAUCGUCUUGCCGACUGUACGGGAUUCAAUUGCUCACAACGUCAUCCACUUCCCCAUCCAUUCCUAGCGGUGCCAAAAGGACCGUCGGCAAUAUGAGUACGGACACGAACGAGGACAAUAGCUUGCUCGCCGCGGACGAAGCAUCGAUUCUGGACGGAAUGGACGGACCGCCACAACCUCCCCCCGGAGAGAUCCGGGAAGAUCCCUGGAUCCUACAGCCUCCCACCAUGGCGGCCCUCGGACAGCCCCCUCUCGCUACCCCGCCGACGGCUCUGGGUGAUCCGUCCGCGGCGGCUCUGUGGCGGGAACGCGAACGCCGCCAGCGUACCGUACGACUCCUCAUGAUGUUCCUGCUCAUGCUCUUACUCAUGGACGGCGAAGACGGGAACAAUAACAACGCACCGCACAAACACGGCUUGCGAUCGCGGCGGGACCCACGGAGAAAACGCGACGCCGGGAACCGUCCGCUCGAUUCCGUUGUCUGGGACGCACGCACGUUGCAAGAAUCGCGGUUACGGGAGAUUGCCCGGACGCAUCCGCGGUAUCAGGCCUUGAUUGAUAAGAAUAAGGGAGAAAAUGUAGAAGCUGGUGUUUGGGAAUGGGCGCAGCAGUUGGCGGAACAAGAACGGGACGAGUUUGGGGUCGAAGCGGCUCCGGCCAGUAAACCAAUGUUGUCACCAGCAGGUACGAUUGUGGAUGAAGAAGCCACGCGAAAGGUGUGGACGUAUCCGUGGAAUGCGACGGGAUUUUAUCGCGGUGAAUGGUCCCGACGAAUCGCUAAACAAGCAGACGAAACGACCCCUGCGGUUUCCAGACCAAAAGUCCAAGAUGCGAACGCGACUGUGGCCCAAGAACGAAGCCUUCUCGAUCCGGUGGCUCUGGAAGAGACACUCUUGGAAACGCUUCAGAGUCGUGGGAUCCAGGCGGGCGUCGUUUUGUUACCAAACGAAUUGGCCGUGGCUACCCGGGAUGACAACAAUCUAACGUCGAUUCGUUGGGAGCAAAUGACCAUGGAUGCCAACGGGAAAAUGUACAAAUCGGUCCAAGCCACUACCGAAGACCAACAUACUAACAAUGAUAAAGAGGGCAGCCCAUCAAUCACCCUUACUCACAACUCAGGUCGCGCCGCGUUCCAGAUAUACGCUAGAUCGAUUCCCGCGAUGAAGGAACUGAGUUUGGUGGAUGGGUUCGUCAAGCUCUAUGAUUCUACGAGUCCGGGAUACUCAACCCGCAAAGAUAUUCUGUUGCGUGUACGGGGCGUGCUGAUACACGCCAUAGGGCAACUUUCCUUGGUGUCGAAUGUGGACGUGUCGAGGAGCGCCUUUGUGAUUAUGCCCUCCGAAGCGCGUGCAACGCAACAUCGGCGUUUACGGACGGCUUUGGAAGAUUUGGACGGUGCCAGUUUGCCCCAGAUCCGUCAAGAUGCGCUGGACUUGUACGGUGGUCGUUUGUCUACGGAGGACCGUGACUGGGCGUUGCUUUCUACCCCCUUUGGUGGUCGUCGUUUAUCAAGCGAAACUUCCACCCCAAGGAAUGCGAGAGCAGCGAUGGAGGAAGCCACGGAAGUGGACGCGGAGACUUUACCAGUCUCCUCGAAUGCUACACAUCAACAAUCCGAAUCAACGUUGGAACCUAUUCGGAUUCCGUGGUCGGAUGUUGUUGUUCCUUAUCCCUUUGUUCGAGAUGACAAGGAGGAGACGGUCCGUCGGGUUCGAACACCAGCAGCACGUCGUAUGCCUCCUCGCGAGCAACUGCUAGAAUCCAAUGCUGCCUCCUGUGAAUUUGAAAUUACAAUGAGUAUUGAGCCGACAGAGUGGACCGUGGGUGCGUGGCGAGCGCUUUUAAGCCGACACGCAAACGAGGCCAAGCGAUUGGAUCCUUCCAAAGCUGGGGAUAUCACAGAGGAUUCACCAAGUGGGAAGGAAAAUGUCAGUACUCCACCCAUGGGCCCCACCAAUCGUCGGAAAAUACUUCAAGAUCAGGCUUUGGUUAUGAAUAUGGCCGGAUCAAUCCACUCGCCAAACUGCGACUUUACAGCUACCUUGAAUGUCACGGCAAUUCGGACGGACUGGGAAGCUACGACGGGCAAGGUCAUCAAUUACAGUUUUUACAUGAUGCUGGUUUGCAUGGCGCAGAUUAUAUUACUACUGCGUCAACUAUUACACUCGCAGGCUCAAUCCGCGGCGGUUCGUGUAUCAAUGCUCUGCAUUGGAUGGCAAGCAGUCAUUGACGCACUCGUGUGUUUGGUACACAUUUACUUCAGCCUUGCCAUGCAGCCGCUUUUUACGGCCUUUGCCAGUGUGGCUUUUUUCAAACUACUGAUAUUUUGUGUCAUUGAGAUGAAGUACAUGAGCAUUAUCAUUCAGGCGAGAAACAGCAGCAAUGGUGGUCAGUCAACAGAAGUUUUGAGAAGACAAGUGGCAAUGUUACAUCUUCGGUUUUAUCUUGCAUUGUUCGCGGCUUUUUUAAUGUUGUUUUACAUGGGCGAAAAGUACCGCACAUUUUAUGUUCUUGGGUUGUACUCUUUCUGGGUUCCACAGAUCAUUCUGAACAUAAUCACCGAAGCGAAGAACCCGCUGCACAAGUACUUCAUCAAUGGUAUGAGUCUAUCGCGACUUGUGGCGCCGCUGUACGUGUUCGGUGUGCCGAACAACUUUUUGAAGGAAAUCCAUGCCGAUGCUCCGACGGACGCAUGGUUGUGCCAGCUACUUGUGCUGUGGGUCGGGGUACAGGUGGCUAUUUUACACUCCCAAUCGAAGUACGGAACUCGAUUUAUGAUUCCAGCACGAUUUCUGCCACCCAAGUUUGACUACAGCCGGCCAAUUCCCUCAUCCAUGCUUCCACCCGGGGCCUUGGAAUCGCCGGUCCCUGAGUUGGCGCUGGAGCGGAAUAGCGAAAACCAGCCGUUGGUGACAUCCAGCCCGGACACCUCGUCACCAGCGCGCGAUCGAUUACGGCAUACGACGGCCGUGACGACAAGGAAUCGAAUGCGACGAACGAACCGAACCGAAAGCAGCGGAAUGACUACCGAAACGCUCGAUCAUUCACGAUGCAAUAGUCCGUUGGCGCCGACGCUAGACUGCAGUAUUUGCUACGACGCAAUCAAUGUACGAGAUCAGCUUGGCUACAUGCUGGCUCCGUGCAAUCACUUGUUCCAUCGGGAUUGCCUUAUACAAUGGAUGGAUGUGAAAAUGGAAUGUCCCAUUUGCCGCACCGAAUUACCCGCAUUAUAG